UCACAUGGACCACCUGUUGACUGGAGUGUAAACUUAUCGAAACACACUAGACUGAACUCGGCUCUGGUACAGAUGUGCACAGGAGCUCCAUCUGCACACUGAACUCUGAGAAAGUUUUUUUUUUUCCAGAAGUUUAUUAAUCGAGAGACGCGCUUAAGAGGAGAAGCGCGAGCAACUUUUGCCAAGUCGUAAGUGACAUCUCGAGGACAUGCACGUCAUUGACAGCUCAUGCGCAACGCUUUUUUGGAGAUGUUUAUAAAUUGGAAAGCCAAUUGUCAUUCGUGCACGGUCACCUAAACUGCAUUUUAUGUGAUUUACGCGUGAGAUGGUCCGUUACAACCUCCCAGGUUGGGGAGAAAUAACUUAAAAACACUGCGGCACGCGUUUUCGCCCCCAGGAUGAAAGUAGUGAGCGUGUUUUUUGCGCUGGCCGCUUUGUGGAGGCUAAGUGUGGCGAGCAGGAGACACUGUCCUGACCUCACCGUGGAAAGCUGUGAGUGUGCAGCAGAGCGCUCUGGGGCGCUGAACCGGCGCAGCGCGCGCGUCACGGUGACUUGUGAUGAUGCAGAUCUGACGGAUACGCUCGAGCCUCGCGCGCUGCUCACCACCACCACCUCACUGAUCCUCAGCAAUAACAAAAUCUCAACAGUGAAAAACGCCUCUUUCUUCGGCUUACACUCUCUGGAGAGACUAGACCUGAGGAGUAAUUUGAUCAGCACAGUGGAGCCUGGAGCAUUUCGUGGACUGGCUAUGCUGAAGAGGCUGGAUCUAUCCAACAACCGCAUUGGCUGCCUUUCCGCCGAGAUAUUUCUUGACCUUGGCAAUCUCUCGAAGCUAAAUCUAUCUGGAAACAUCUUCUCCACGUUGCCUGAAGGGCUGUUCAUGCACUUGAGUUCCCUGAGAGUCCUACACUUCAGUACAGAUUACUUGUAUUGUGACUGCCAGUUGGAGUGGUUGCUGCUGUGGGCCAGAGCCAGAUUUGUACGUGUGGGAAACGAGACAGUGUGUGUAUAUCCUUCGCACCUCCAUGGCUUCCCAGUCCGUGGCCUGCAAGAACACCAGCUCACCUGCGACCCACCUCUGGAGCUUCCUCUGCUUCAGCUGAUCCCGUCUCAGAGACAACUAGUGUUCCAGGGUGACCGACUCCCACUGCAGUGCACCGCCUCCUACCUGGACCCCUCUGUCACUCUGAGGUGGAGCCAUAACCACUGGCCUGUACACACACAUGAUGAGAGAGGAGUGUAUGUGGAGGACAGCAUUAUCCAUGACUGCUGCCUCAUUACCAGUGAACUAAUCCUCUCCAACGUGGAUGCUGAUGUUUCCGGUAAUUGGCAGUGCCAUGUGACCAGUUCCCGUGGCAACAGCUCCAUUGGCAUGGAGAUUGUGGUUUUGGAGACGUCUGCACUGUACUGUUCUGCAGAGAGGGUGACCGGCAACAAAGGUGACUUCAGAUGGCCUAAAACCCAGGCUGGUUUAAUGGCCUUUCUCCCCUGUGCCACAGCCUCCUACAGCUCUCAUGAGAAAAGGGCGUGGCGUAGGUGUGAUAAACAGGGUCGAUGGGCAGAAGACGACUAUAAUCAGUGCCCUUACUCCAGCAAGUUCACCCGCAUGCUGCAUGAACUUACACAGAUCCCAGUGAACACCUCCAACGCUCUGCUCCUGGCCCAACAGCUCUCCUCCAUCACCAGCAAUGCAGCAAUGUUUGUAGACAUGAUGGACGUCAUCUUUGUCACACAUCUUGUUGAGAGAAUCACACGACAUGUGGAUCGCCUGCAAGAACUAGGGGACUACGUGUCUGACAUUGCAAGCAACAUGAUGCAGGUGGAGGAACACAUCCUGUGGAUGGCUCAGAACGAAGCUCGAGCCUGCACACGCAUUGUACAGUGUGUCGAGCGAAUUGCAGACCUCACCUUCAACACACACAGCCAGAACAUCUCAAAGGUCUCGGCUAACAUAGCUCUGGAGGCCUUUGUGAUCAGGCCUUCAAGUCUAAUGGGUUUGUUGUGUACGGUGAUGGCUAAUCCAGGUCAGAAUACUGGCUCUGGGGUUUCUCUCCUCAAUUUCAGAUGCCAUACAACCAAUUUCACAGGAUCACUCAGCGACCAGCUCAGUCAGAACGCAGUGGCUGUCGCCUCCAUUCAUUUACCGCUGGCUGGCUCUGUGCGCGCCUCCGCCUUGCGAUCUGUUGAUAACUCGACCUGCAGGCUGCAGCUGAUUGUAUUUCGCAAUGGAAAACUCUUUCCGUGCACGGGGAACUCGUCAAGCUUGGCAGACGACGGCAAGCGGAGGAGCGUGGCGACUCCGGUCGCAUUCGUCAAAUUAGAUGGAUGCAGUCUCGAUAGCUCCAUUCAGCCCGUCAUUAUCACCCUGAGGCACUUGGCUCUAGGCGCAGAUCCCACCGCAGCCUACUGGGAUUUCGACCUGCUGGAUGGCCACGGAGGCUGGCGGGCAGAGGGCUGCCACAUAACGGGCUCGGCGGGCAACACCACUACUAUACACUGUACACAGCAUAAAAACUUCGCUGUGCUCAUGGAUUUGAAGAAGGUGCUGUCGUUCCCUCCAUACCCGGGGGACUUCCUGCACCCGGUCGUGUAUGCUUGCACCGCUGUCAUGCUGCUCUGCCUUUUUGCUUCCAUCAUCACUUACAUAGUGCACCACAGUACAAUCCGGAUCAGCAGGAAAGGAUGGCACAUGCUCCUGAACUUCUGUUUCCACACAGCUCUGACGUUCGCUGUGUUCGCCGGAGGCAUCAACCGCAUCAAAUACCCAAUUUUCUGCCAAGCGGUUGGAGUAAUACUUCAUUACUCGUCUCUGUCCACUAUGCUAUGGCUGGGCUUCACAGCUCGGAACAUCUACAAACAGGUGAUCAAGAAACCCCCCAAGCCUCAGGACGGAGACGUGCCUCCUCACCCCCCCAGGUCACCAAUGCUGAGGUUUUAUUUAAUCGGCGGAGGAAUUCCCUUCAUUAUCUGUGGCAUCACAGCUGCCAUCAACAUAGAAAAUUAUGGAAGCGGAGAGCAAACUCCAUACUGCUGGAUGGCAUGGGAGCCUAGUCUCGGGGCAUUCUAUGGACCUGUGGCAUUCAUCGUUUUGGUGACAUGUGUCUACUUCCUGUGCACCUUCAUCCAGCUGCGUAAACACCCAGAGAGGAAAUACGAGCUAAAGGUGCUAUCUGAGGAGCAGCAGAGACUCUCUGCUGUCGAUGUCCCCCACUGUCACCAUCAAGGUGAACCUGGCAUGCCAGGAGGUGAUGGGACCCGCUGCCAUGCUGGCUGCCCGGGAUUGAUCAACCCAUCUUUACUCGCCAAUGAGCACUCAUUCAAGGCCCAGCUAAGGAGUGCUGCAUUCACACUGUUUUUAUUCUUAGCCACAUGGACAUUUGGGGCCCUGGCUGUGUCUCAGGCUCAUUUCCUGGACAUGAUAUUCAGCUGUCUGUAUGGAGCGUUCUCAGUCACUCUGGGUCUUUUUGUGCUGAUUCACCACUGCGCUAAGCGUGACGAUGUCUGGCAUUGCUGGUGCACCUGUUGCCCUGGUCACCAAGCUAAUACCUGCCAAGGGCAUGGGCAUGCCCAUGGGCGCCCUAAGGUCAAUGUUAAUGGGGAUGUACACAGGCACGGGCAUGGGCAUGAUCACUGCCACUUGGACUCGCCCUGCACAGGCAAAUCUGUCCUCAGCCACACACACUCACAUGGCCUGUGUAAGCUCAGUAACCUGCAGGCGCAGAACCACGUAACCUGCCUGACCCCUGUGAGCCCUGUGACCCCUUGUUGCUCAGCUCUCCACACAGAGAAGCUGCUGGAAGAGCGGCCAAUUCACCUGCACAGCUGCCUGAAACCAGGCAGGACUAAAGGAAGGCAGCGGGCAUCGCCAGUUGGAGAGAGAGAGCUGGCUUUCCAUCUUCCAGCCAGUGCAGACGCAGGCAGCGGACACAGCUCACCCACCGACAGCCCGCAUAGCACCUGCCAACGCCAGGGUCACAUCUGCCACCUGGCCCAAGAUGAGCACCAGGAUUGGCACCAUGCAUGCUCUCACCAUGACACUCCAAUGUGCCAUGCUGCACUUUGCCACCGGCACUCAUGCUGUACCAAGGCAGAGAUCCUGCCUUCGCCCCUGUGCCACACUGAGAGCAGGGAGCCAGAAACCCUCCUCUGUGGCUGUGGGAAGAUGGCAGAGGAUGAGCUUGCAGUGCCGUGUCACGGCCAUGUUGAGAUGCAUCCUCGCAGACAGUCCUUCCCACAGUGUGUACCCAACCAGAACGGGCUUCUCAAAGGAAGUGGACACGAGGGGCACCUGUACCCAUCUGACAGCACGGGGAAUAUACGCACUGGACCCUGGAAGAAUGAAACUACUGUGUAGUUCAAGGGCUCGACGUGCAUUCUGAGUUAACCACCUUCUUUACAGUUUAAAAACGAAGCAGACGUUAUAAAGAUUCAUAUCUGUUUUGGUUUUAAUAUGAUCACAAUCCUUCAUUUCAGCUUUGUUUUCUUUUAUUGUUUAUUCGACAAAAACGUCACUCCAGAAUGGAUACAUAGACCUGACUUGUCGCAAAAAAGGAAACAUUGUGUUAGACUCUUGCUGCCAGAUUGGGGCCAUGCUCUAUAUUCCGGAUUUUACCUUUUACCACAAAGCUAAUUUUAUCACUACAGGAUAACAAACAUUCUCUGAGUGUGACUUUGUGUGAGUGGGUUUUGCGUAUGUGCGAGUGCACUUGAAUGUACUUUGUGUAUGUCCUUCUGCAAAUGCAAUCAAUUUAGUGUUUGGUGAAAAAGAAUUCUUUCAUAAGAUACCAGAUUAUACUCUAAUGAGGUCUAAGUUAUUAAAUAAAAUGUCUGACAGUGCCCAAACUGUGCAACACAAGUGAAGUGAAAAGCACUUAGAAUAAGUUCCAAGUGUCCAAGUACAACAUGAAUACAUCACCAGCAAUUUUAACUCAUCUGUGUUUUCAUGUCACUUUAACAAUCAUGCUUACUGUAUACUGUGAACAACGGCUGAAACUUAGUACAAUACAAAACAGACAAAAAAAAUAGACCUAUAGUUCUGUCUCAGUUCUUUUCGGCCUCUAUGGUGUGCAAACUAACAAAAAAAUGAGACUGUCUGUUUUACUGCAAAUCUGUAUUGAUUAUUCAAUUUCUAUGGUGAAUUUCCGAUUCAUUGAGGUGUGUGUAAAACAAACCUAUCGUGUUACUCUCUGGUGCUAGAAGACCAACUAACACAACUGCAUAUCCAUGAUCAAUCAGUCAGCUGGAGCAACAAAACUAACCACUGCUGAAAAAUAAAACAAAAAUUCACAUACUCGCCUUCCACUUUAUAAGGAACACCUAUAGACCCACUAUGCGGUUAUCCAUUAUGAGUCAUAUGGUAGCAAAGUGAUAGAUAAAAUCAAGUGGAUACAAGAAUCUCAGUUACUUUGACUGUGGGUUGGUUGUUGGUGCCAAGCUAAUUUAAGUAUUUUAGAAACUGCUACUUUCCUGGGCUUUUCAUGCACAACUGUCAUGUCAGUUUACACAGUGAGUGAAUUGGGGGGAAAAAAACAUCCAUUUAACAGAAGUUCUGCAGGUAAAAAUACCUUGUUGAUGAGGCAGUUCAGAGGACAAUGACCAGACUGAUUCAAACAGACAAGAAGACUACAGUAACACAAAUAACUGUCUUUAGUGCUUUGUUGAGCAAGAAAGCCUCUCAGAAUGCUAGUCUUUUUUCCAAACUGUUCCCCCAAACUUUAGUCGUAAAUCUUCUUUUGGCUGACUAAAGUGGAAGUCAGUGGUCUUCUGCUGUUGUAGUUGAUCCAAAUGCAUCAUGUUGUGCAUUCUAAGAUGCUUUUCUGCUCAGCACAGUUGUACAGAGUGGUUUAUGGCGUUACUGUAGCUGUAGUGUGUCACCAGUCUGGCCAUUUUCCUCUGAGCAUCAAAAUGGAGUCUCUGCUUGUAGAACUUCCACUCACUGGAUGUUUAAUUUUUUUUACUCCAUUCUGUAUACAUUUAUGGCAUCUGGCAGACGUCCUUAUCCAGACCGACUUACAUUUAUCUCAUUUAUACAACUGAGCAGUUGCAGGUUAAGGGCAUACAUUUACAUUUCUCUAAAUGAAAAUUGCCCAAGGGCCCAGCAGUGGCAUCCUGGCAGCUGAUUUGGAUUUGAACACAUGACCUUUGGAGCAGUAAUCCCACACCUUAACCACUGAGCUAACACUACCACUGUGUAAACUCUAGAGACUGCAUUAAAAUAGCAGAAGUUUUGGAAAAAUUAUCUGUAGCCACAGCCAUGCUGUGGUCACAGUCACAUCACCAUGAUCACAUUUUCCCCUCAGCUUGAUGUUUGCUUUGAUCAAUAGCUGAAGCUCUUGACCUGUAUCUGCAUGAUUUUAUGUUCUGUGCUGCUGCCACAUGAUUCAAUGAUUGGGCAAAAUGCAUGAAUGGGCAGGUUUAAAGGUGUUCCUAAUAGAUUACUCAGCGAGUGUAUAUAACACAAGGCAUUACAGUUUUGAUUAAAGAACAAUGAUUAUCUUCAAACCCAGUUUUUAAAAUACAACUUAUUUUCUGACCAUUCUAGACUGCCUUGUGGUACGUGGAAAUACUCCAGUGGUGCUUAGUGUGUUCACACACUUAUUUCACAUGGAAGUAAAGUCUGAAUAUCAAGAUCAGCACUUAUAUAUCUGGUAUGAAGCUUAUUUCUUUCCAGGCCUGGGUGGUGACCCUAUAGCUUUGCCUCAGCCAUUUCUCACUCCUGUAUGCUAAUCACCGGUAAUUAAAAAAAAUCUGGACCUAUUCAAACAUAAAUAAGUAUGGAAAAAAAGUAAGACAUUUUCAAUAACUGAGGUAUCCCUUUUAUUUUAUGAUCGAUAUUUUGCCUAUUGCUCAGUAUCUGAGUUUUGGUAUGUUAUUGAUUAGAGUUGUUUAAAUGCAUCUUUGUCACAGAUGGUUUUUUUGGACAUGCAAAUACGCUGUGAAAUGAGAGAGAAAGUUGCUCUGGGUUAAAUGAUGAGUGACAAUAGUGUGUUUUUGAAUUUACUCCUCACGGUUUUUCACUCUGUUAAAUGGAAGGUCAAGCAAGUUUGAAUACUUGUUUAACUCAUUUUUUGCCUUUUUAUAUAGAAAAUACAAAACAAAAAGACAAUCCAAGAUCAAUUUUCUCAAUUCACCCAGAAGGUUCAACGGCAAAAAAUUGCUCACAGCAGAAGUCUAACUGCUCCUCUUGAGGAAACUGGGGUUUUAGACUCAGGAAAUGCUCAGCUAUGUUCAAGGACACGUUCAGUCUAAGUUACUUCAUUCGAUUUUUCACAUCUUUGCAUAUCAUUAUAAGAAAAAUGUCCUCAGACUAUAUUUGAUAAGCUACUACUUCCUUUCAUCUUUUAACAGAACAAUGGUUCAACAAGUAACCAACUUGGUGUGAUGUAUGGAUCAGUCAUGUGCAAUGCAAGUUGUUCACAUCCCAUUUAUUUGAAGAAAAAAAAAAGAGAAAAUAGUUUUGCCCAUCCUGUGGAAAUCUGGAUGCCAAAUCUGUUGUCUCCUGUUUGUUCUAUUGCACCUUUGUAUUUUCUCAGCUCCUGAAUAAAAGAGGAUAAACAACCCGUUAUAGCCGUGACCAUCUUUAGUAACCUUCCUCUCAUUCAUUUUAGACAUCUUCUAACAUUUGUAAUGGUUACUACAUGAGUAAUAGUUGGAAUGGCAUGUGUGUCAUUUUCCCAUCAGUGUAUCCAAGUGGAAAAGAGGAAAUCUUGCAUUGAAAAAAAAAAAGACUCAUUAAGCUGCCUUUACUCAAAUUCCCAUUACUGUGGUGAGCUUUGCUCUUCAGAGACUAGCUGACCUGCUGUCUAUGAGAGUCUGUGUUUAACUAUCUGUAUCAUUCUGGAGUGCAUUACUGCUUGCGGUGUACAUAUGUGCACAAGCAUGUGUGUAUUUGGGAUUGUGUGUGUGUGAGUGUGUUGCAGAAUAUGCCAGAGAUACUGUAAGCAAAGCCAACAACCUCCAUCACCUUUAUUUUACGUUCCUCAUGGACUUCAAUAAAUGUAUUUUUUCACCACUGAAUUCAUGUGGCGGAUUUGCUUGUGUGGCAAGGAUAUGUGCAUAUGGGUGUGUGGUUUUUUGUGGUCAUACUGCAUUAUGUGUUCCACUGAAUAUUAUAUCUUCUGACAGCACAGAAAACGGAGAUGUCUUUAGUCAACCCAUGAGGUUUAACAAAUAGUUUAUAUCAGGAAAUAUCCUGAAAUACAGAAUAGAUUUCAUUUCAAAAUUGUACAUCUAGAUCCCAACACCUGCCAUGAACCAAAUGUUCAUUUCAUACCAAAUAAAUGAGUACAGUCAUUUCCGCUAAGGAAAGUGCACUGAUAACCCUAACUCUCACAGACAGACUGUAUAUCAUCACUCUGUGUUUCUGAAGCAGUGAGCUGUGUAAUUAGCUCAUACUUAAUUAAACCAGCUAAACAGCCUGACUACUCAGAAUUGCAAGUUGAUACUGUCUUAAAAAACUAAAAUGCUGGAACACAAAGAAAAGGAAAUGACAGCACAGAUAUAAGAGCUGAUGUACUGUAUGAAGAGUGGACCACCACCCAAAUAAUGUCUGCUUCACAAUUUGUGUAACUACAACAUAUGGGCAGCUGUCAGCAAAGGCACACCAAUAAAGUUUAUUAGGUACCUAAUAAAGUGGCCUAUGACUGUAGCCAGGUUGGAUAGGUAGGUGUACAUCAAAUCUAGCAUCAGUAUAUACUAUACUAUGUAUGGUAAAGUCUACCACAUGCAACAUUAUUCCUAAAAAGCUGUUCAGAUAUUUAUAAGAAAUGCUCUUGAAAUUGGUUGAUGGUCACACUGGUGUGAUUUAAUGUGUGUGUGUGUGUGUGUGUGUUUCUGUGUCUGUAGUGUGUGCAGAGAUUUCUGGCAAGUUUAAACGCCAAAAAAUAUACUGCCACAAUA